UACUUCACUUUGUUUCAUUCUAUAUUAUACAUUUUUUUAUUUAUCCCAGGGCGAAAGGAAGACUCAGACAGUCAGAAAAGCCAGUCACCAGAAAUCUUGGUAUUAAGAAACAAAUUGAACUACAGUGUGGAGCAAGUAGACAUCGCCGCAGCGUUCCUUCCAGACCUACUUCCCAAGGUGGAUGAUGAAGGAAUCAAACUACUGAUGUAUCAUUUGGAGCCGUUGUUUAAGUGCUUGGAGACCCGACUCCAUGCUUGCACGCAGUUAUUUGAUAUGCUGGCACAGGCUUUGGGUCCGAAACAUACACUCAAGACCUUCUUGAAAUGUCUGGUGAAUUUGUUCGAUUCACACGCUUUGGAGAAUUACGAAGUUAUCAUACGUCAGACUUUUCUCUCCCAGCUUAUAGUGCGUUUCGGACUGGAUGGGUUUUUGAAGCAUUUUAUCAGUUUUGUCGUCGAUGCAGUCGCUUUUAAAUCCAAGGUGAGCUCGGUAACUGAUAAAGGGGACAGAAUUUCUGUCCAUAGCACCGAGGGUACCAUGCCGGGAAUCUCUGCUGCAGAACUGGAAUUCACAGCCAAAGAUGUGGCACUGGAUAUCGACGAUGAUUUGGAUCUACCAGGAAACUUCCUUCGGGAAGGCUCAGAUGUCAAACUUGCAAGUUACUCUAUGGGCAUCGAAGAACUUGAAACUGAAAUUGUGGCUGAUCAUGGAAGAAAUGACCGCUUGAAGGAUGACGAGAUCUCGGAGCAAGUAACCUUAAUGCCAAGGGAGAUUUCCGAGGAAGACGUUGAUGGACGAUUGUUUCAGGGAAAUAUCUCAGACGAUGAUGAUCCUGUCGUAGAUGAAGAGGACGGGGGACGAUCUGCUAAGUUGGUUAGCUUUCACAAGAUUUACGAGGGCAUCGAAAUUGGUGGUGAAGCUUCUAUUGUUAUUCCUGAAACUGAGGAUUCUGCAAGAGGUAGAAAUGAUGCCGAGGGGAUAGUUCUUAAGCCUCAAAAAGGAGCUGUUUCUGAAAGAAGACAGGAGACUGGGGAAGCAGCUACUGUGUUUGAACACCGAGAAAGAGAUGUUGGUGUGACUGGUUUGGAAGCUUGUCAAGGUGAAAUUAAAGGACAUGAGGCCGAUCAGAAAAACGCAGCGGUGCAGAAAUCCAACGCACCUUCCAGAAAUACCGGUCUUAUCUCUGAUGAAGAACCUGUAACAACCGAAGCCGAAGGUUUCGACCAUUUAGAAAGAGAAGGGAAUUUCACAAUAAGCGCAGACUUGGCUGCAAAAACAGAAUCAAGCUGGAAGAAAACUUUUGAUAAAAAUGACAAUAAUCCAUUGGAGGAUACUGAAGAGGAAAAUGGAGAGCUUGGAGAGCAAGAAGAAAUUGAUGAUAGCCUGGAAGAAGCUAAUCGUGUGUCUGAAGACGACGUGGAAGAAGGGGAGCCGCUUAGCGAAGAUGAAGCACCAGAGAAUGGAUUAUUGGAGGCAGUCGAUGACGAAGCUACUAAAGAUGAGCAAUUAGGCAAAGACAAUGGCAAACCGGUGGUACCAUUCUACAACGGUACCAAGUCAAAAUCUAUGGUGCGGGAAAAGAAAACCCUAAAGCAGCAGGAUGAGCUAACACCAGGUACAAUAUCUGGUAUAGCGGCAGAGAGCAUUGUCUGGGUGGCCCCUCGCCUGGGACCCGUUCUCACCUCUAAGUACAUCGCAAGUCAACUACUCACCAUGUUACCGCAUUGCUACUUGGGAAAGGUCGUUUUGGAGGAUGAUGAUGACGAAGAGAAAAUGGUGAAUGACAGGGAUGCUAAGUGGCUGCUGUUUUGUCUGGCAAACUUCUGCACAUUGUACGGCGAGGCAUUUAUGCUGAAUCAAUACCUGCCUUACAUAAAAAAGACGGUGAGUUUGCGCACAAAUCAGGUUGUGUGGCGCAUGGCUUCCAGUCGUCCGAACGUUCGCCACUAGGGUUCUUUUUAGUUUUUUUGUCACAAUAAUAAUUAUUGUUAUGUAGCUUGAAUUUUUUCCCAACCGAGUGCGCUGUCAUUGGUUACUUUGAGGUCACAUGACGUCUAACAGUGGAACUGUUUCCCGCCAAAAUAUCUGAGCAGGCAACAUUAUAAAAAAUCUAUGACGUCAGGGGGCAACAGUGCACUGUUACCCGCGAACAUUGACCGACGACCGCCGUUACAGAAGGUUUAAUGAAUUUCCGGCUAUAUAACAAAACACUUAAAGACCGGUCUCUCGGGAAACAGUUAAUUUUGUUUUCCCCGGGACCUGUCAUUAAGUGUUUAUUACUGUUUUUUUUUUUUUAAAUCCCAGUGGCGAGUGAGAAUAAGUUGGAGUGCAAUUGGAAAAGUGCAGGUUAAGAUAAAUUACUAAACAGCAAGAUGAAAAGUAAGAGUGCUUGAGAUUUGAUGCGCCAAAAUAGGACUAUGCUUUUUUUAUGUUGCUGUUGUGACCAAGCUAGCGACCGAAGAGAAUAUGGGACGUCUAGUAAAGUAAUCGCUUUAAAAGAGACAUCAAAACGUAUAACGGAGUUUCUUCCGCCAAAAAAGGAGGCGGGGGUAGGGGGAAGGAAGGAAAGUCCUCGCACAGGAAAGUAUUGGUUCGAAGAAGUUGGAGCGUAAUAGUUUCAUCAGAUUGCGGUGCUUAUAUUACCAUCGUUAAACAGUUAUUGAAUGCUUGUCUUUCCAAUAGAUCCGGGGCGUACAAAGCAAAGUAACGCAAAGAGGUGAAGCCGCUUUGGCUGGUGUCCUGUCACUUCUAAAGUACUGCAUUCCCUACCUAUCUCGUGAUACGCUAAGUAGAUACUCUGAACCUGACCUCAUGACGGGAGUGUUUCAACCUGUCAUACGCAUCUUGUCUUCAUACAACCUAACCUUUCCAGGUGGAGUUGCGGCGCGCCAAGCCAUUUGUCGUAGUUAUAUUGACGUUCUUACGGUAGUGUGUUUAAAACUGGAAAGAGAACUUGCCCGGGAGAAUAUGACGGCUCCGUUGCAACAAUUUUUCUCGUGUUUCGAGCUGGAACGCAUGAGACAGCUCAAGGAGAAUGAAAAAGAAGAAAACACGUCGCCCAAUGAGUAUGUUGAAGUGGACAUUGAAGAUGCUCUGGAGAGGAGGGACGAAGACAAAUCAGGUUUGUGUAUUUAUAGUGGUUUAAGUCAUAUAUUCCUCCAAUCGCCAACAUUCCAAUCCUGUCAGUAUGCAAGAGGUUAAUUGCUCAUAAACCUACAAUGGGCGAAAAAAAAUGUUGAGACAUUUUACUGAAAUUAAAUAGGGUAACUUCAGAGAACAAAAGAAUCCACACCCCUCCCUGUCCCCUCCAUUUAAAGUUGGGGUGUUUGUUGUUUUCUAUAGGUAGCUCGAACGGUGGCACAACAUUGCAUGGAGGGGAUGGGGGAGGAAAAGCUAUAUUCCCCAAUUUUGCAGUUAGUAAAACGUAAAAAGCCCAGUUCAGGGCGAAGUAUCUCAACUCAUUUUGUCGCCGAUUGUAGCUUCUUGGCCUUUGCUCCCACGAGUUUCUUAUAGCUCAGUGGUAAGGCAUCUGGAUUCUGGAAUGGCAACGAGUUUAUUAUUCUUUUAUAUUAAUGUUAACCAGCCCUUGAUGCGUCGAUUCCAGCUAGAAAUUCUUUUGAAUUCUGAAGAUGCGAUCGAGGCAUCGAGGGCCAACUAACAUAACUAUAAAUAAAAGAAUAAUAAGAUUGUCGCCAUUUUGGAGUAAGGUGUAUAGAGUUCUUCCGUGCCGCCUGUGUCACUGACUGAAGGGAAAACGUUCUUAUUAACUGUUCAACCAAGGCCAAAAGGGAAGCUCUUGAGGGAUCUUGUAAGAAAUGACUUUCUCAAGUACUUCAACUUUUACCGUGAGCUGAAAGCAAACUGAAUUUCACCUUUAAAAAACAGACUUGGGCUUGCGAUCAAUUGAAAACCGUAAACUGGUCAGCCAAUAACUUUUAAAACAUACGUUACCUCAGUGAGUUGUAUACCUGAGCCCGCGAUACAGUCAUGUGAUAUUAGUCAGCAGAUACCUUUUUUGACAGCUGUCAAUUGACCAUAACAUGGAUAUCCAAUACCAAGUUUAAACCAGGGAGCCUGGUUAAACACAAAUAGGAUAUGCCUUGGACUCCUGGCUAGUUUGCCAUUUGACAUCCGCAAACAUGAAUGGGUGGAACGGACGAUUUUGUAGGAACCAAAAUUUCCUGGAUGCAUAGAUAACCAAUUUUUUUUACACACGGUACUCCGCUGCACGCGCGCAAAAACUCCGCUAAAAUUCAGCAUCACAUUUCUGUCACUUAGAAUCAGGUUUACGGCAAACGGCAAACGUCAGGUUCAAGUUGUCAGUUUCUAGAAUUUGGAAACGAGAAGGUAAAAACAGUUCAAAACUGAUGAACUUGGCAUGAAACUACUUAUGUUUGUGUAGAUACAAUUGACACUUAAAGGCAGGUAAAGGGAAAACUUGGUCACGUCGUACUAAUUGACGUUUACCGUAAAACUGAUUCUUAAUCUCUCAAUCGACGUCAGCAAAGAUUUGCCGACUGAACCUGCGACAUCGCGCUCUCUAGACACACCCUUUCCCUUCUGAGAUAUUCCUACUCUUUUGUAUUUCAGGGAUCGACGAGAAAGACAAUUUCCCAGAGAAAGCUGAAGACCUGUAUAACACUCCAGCUUAUAACGAGUUGUAUGAGACCUUCAACGCGGCAAUAGCCCACCACGCGUUUGUGCCCUUGUGUGGCAUCAUGGGAAGCAAGUAUAUGGAAACGACGCUUCAUAAUCACGACCUCAUUUGGAAUCUGUGCUGCAGUCAUGAUAUACAGCUGUCUCACCCCACUUGCCAAGAUGUGAGGGCGUCCGAGGAGGAGGAAAAUGGCGAGGAGACUGUUGACAACAUGGGUGGAGAUGGAACGUUGGAAGUUGAUUCUGGGAUUAGUGGCAAUCGUGACGUGGAUGGCGAAGCUGAUGAACGAGUUCGUGGAAAGAAGAAAUUCGGGAAAAGGUCCAAGCCUCCUAUGUGGCGCAUCGGAAGGAAAUUGUCGGCGAAAACGAAAGAUGUACCCGCAGCAAAUAUGUGAGUGGAAAGUAAAAUUACAACACCGAAUUUUCGUUAGUAAUACCCGCCUAAAGAUUUUUAAAAUUUUCAAUCCAGUAAGGUUCCUUGACCUCUCACUCUUUCUUACCGUCGAAAACAGAAAGACAGAAUUGAGCAAGGGGUUAACAUUUUUUAUUUGAGGCGCACGUGUCUGGUUUGAAAACUUAUCAAUCUUGUACCCAUGGUCCAAACCAAGAGGGUUUUCAUGAAGUGGAAAUAUCAGCAAGGAUGCCAAAAAUUUAGAUACUAUUAAUAAGCGUUUUUUUUUCUAUUGUCCACUAUAUAAAGAUGAGUUUUUUUCGUGGAAAACUUCUCGUGCCCGAUUAAUAUUAUGUCUAGAAAAUGGCACCGUAAAUUUCGCAUUUCAGAUUUACUGAAACGCUUACAACUGUUUUAGUAAGCUUUUAAAUAGACCAUUUCCGAGUUNAUGGGAAGCAAGUAUAUGGAAACGACGCUUCAUAAUCACGACCUCAUUUGGAAUCUGUGCUGCAGUCAUGAUAUACAGCUGUCUCACCCCACUUGCCAAGAUGUGAGGGCGUCCGAGGAGGAGGAAAAUGGCGAGGAGACUGUUGACAACAUGGGUGGAGAUGGAACGUUGGAAGUUGAUUCUGGGAUUAGUGGCAAUCGUGACGUGGAUGGCGAAGCUGAUGAACGAGUUCGUGGAAAGAAGAAAUUCGGGAAAAGGUCCAAGCCUCCUAUGUGGCGCAUCGGAAGGAAAUUGUCGGCGAAAACGAAAGAUGUACCCGCAGCAAAUAUGUGAGUGGAAAGUAAAAUUACAACACCGAAUUUUCGUUAGUAAUACCCGCCUAAAGAUUUUUAAAAUUUUCAAUCCAGUAAGGUUCCUUGACCUCUCACUCUUUCUUACCGUCGAAAACAGAAAGACAGAAUUGAGCAAGGGGUUAACAUUUUUUAUUUGAGGCGCACGUGUCUGGUUUGAAAACUUAUCAAUCUUGUACCCAUGGUCCAAACCAAGAGGGUUUUCAUGAAGUGGAAAUAUCAGCAAGGAUGCCAAAAAUUUAGAUACUAUUAAUAAGCGUUUUUUUUUCUAUUGUCCACUAUAUAAAGAUGAGUUUUUUUCGUGGAAAACUUCUCGUGCCCGAUUAAUAUUAUGUCUAGAAAAUGGCACCGUAAAUUUCGCAUUUCAGAUUUACUGAAACGCUUACAACUGUUUUAGUAAGCUUUUAAAUAGACCAUUUCCGAGUUCCAAAAACUCUCAGUUUCAAAACGACGCUGAGAGCAAAACUCUUCUUGUGAAAAUGACUUUUAUUUCCAUGAGAACAAUAACGUCAUUUUCAUGUCAAUAACUUCGAACUUAGCCUCGCUUUGAAACAGAGGCUUGGGGCUAAUAAAUAAUUUUAGUAAAUUAGAGAAUUGUCAAAGAAACGUGGCUCGAACCAGAAAAACAAAGAAGCACCCGUCAGAGUGAAAUUUGGGAAGGGUUCAAGCAACGGCCUUGCCCUGUCAUUGGCUAGAUUGUGUCCUCGGUGGACUCACAAUCCGGCGGUUCCGGGUUCGAGUCUCGGUUGUCCCAAGGUCAAAUCAUCGGCCUCUCUUUUAAGUAGCCAACUGGUUCCCUCCUUGACCAGAUAGGGUUUUAAAUCGGCCUGUUAUGUUAUAUUUGAAUUAUUUGUUUCAAAUAUUUAAGUGGAGUGCCGGUAAACUAGCUGGAUAAGCUAAGCGCACUUUCCACCUUAACAAAACCUUUCACCUAUUAUACUCGGUGUUCUUGUCUUGUAAUUUCACGAAAUCGCUGAUAGAUAUGCUCUUUACUAAUUGUAGCAUUGCCUUUCCCUAAUCCAUUAAAGCAUUCAUCAUCAGUGGGUACUUUUUUCUUGUUUUGUAUCAUUUGACAGAUCACCUUCGUCUUCCGAUCAGUAUCUUCGUGGUAGUUGGCUGACUCACUGGGAAAAUCAACUCAGUAUGUAACUUUGUAUAUAGCUGUUUCGAGAUAGAUAUUCAUGGGGACGAAACCAGGCUGGGUAGCAGUGCCGAAAUGUGAUCUGAGAUAUUACGAAUAAUCUGAAUAAAGAUGCCUCAACCAUACAGUCAAGAGAUUAAUUUCGUUCAUAAUAAUUUUCUCUUUUUUUCCUGAAGCGCGCAGUAAACUUUGAAGUGACCACUCUGUUUUCGCGUUGACUUGCGAGGAAAAGGUCGCAUAAGGGCAUCAUCAUCACCGUCAUGUUCACGACAUUAUCGUCACAAUCAUCAUCAUCAUUAGCAUCAUCAGUCUUUGUCGCGCCACGUGUCGCACAGUGCGGUUAUCGAGGAAAGAAACAUGCAAACUAUUCUUUGUAAUGUAUGUAUUAACUCGUGCUCGAUGUUAAUCUGUUAGGUGACUUAUUUCUUUCAGAUGUAAAGGGCAAAAUUGGACAUAAGUUUAAUCUGCAACAAGUCAAACUCCAGACCUUUACAGGUAAGACACUAACAGGGAAUAGCACAUGUGAAAUAAGGAGUAGCACGUGCAAAAUAAGGAAUAGCACGUGCGAAAUGAGGAAUAGCACGUGCAAAAUAUGGAAUAGCACGUGUAAAAUACGGAGUAGCACGUGCGAAAUAAGAAGUAGCACGCGCGAAAUAAGGAAUAGCACGUUAAAUGAAGAAUAGCACGUGCAAAAGUAGAUAGCGUGCUUAACAUUUAACAUAUGGAGCCUAACUAAUCUGACGGCGGCUUCUUCCCUACUGAUGAAAAUUCGUUUUUUGUUAGGCCACAGUGGACCGGUCCGUUCUGUGUAUGUACAAGAUAGUGAGCACUGCUUCCUCUCGGCGAGUAAAGACAAAACUGUCAAGCUGUGGUCGCUUAGCAACCAUGGUGAUGGCACGGCUCAGUCAGCUAGCUCGUGGACAUAUUACCGACACACGCGGCCGGUCUUUCACGUGGGAAUGGUGGAGUCUGUGCGGCAGGCUGUGUCAUGUGAUGGGAGUCUUCAUGUAAGCUGUUAGAGAGCUUUAGAUUCUAAGGCGAGUACGACAACGAGUACGAUAUUUCCUCAAUACUAAGUAGUGUACGCGCGUGAGCCAGCGUCAUUUUGGCGGGAAAACGUGGUAGCCGUCGUCACUCUGUGGAGUUUUAGCGAGAAUGUCUAAGUGGCGGAAAAAAGUUAUUAAAUGGUAGAAGUUUUAUCAUUUUGCGAUCGGGAGAGGGUGUAACUUCCUUCACUAAAGGUAACAGUGCUAACUUUUCUGGUGAAAAAUGGUAAANCAUAUUACCGACACACGCGGCCGGUCUUUCACGUGGGAAUGGUGGAGUCUGUGCGGCAGGCUGUGUCAUGUGAUGGGAGUCUUCAUGUAAGCUGUUAGAGAGCUUUAGAUUCUAAGGCGAGUACGACAACGAGUACGAUAUUUCCUCAAUACUAAGUAGUGUACGCGCGUGAGCCAGCGUCAUUUUGGCGGGAAAACGUGGUAGCCGUCGUCACUCUGUGGAGUUUUAGCGAGAAUGUCUAAGUGGCGGAAAAAAGUUAUUAAAUGGUAGAAGUUUUAUCAUUUUGCGAUCGGGAGAGGGUGUAACUUCCUUCACUAAAGGUAACAGUGCUAACUUUUCUGGUGAAAAAUGGUAAAAUGAAGCUUUUCCAGGGAGCCUCUGUUUGCCAGAAAAAUUAGAAUAUCGGUUUUCGAGGUCGGAGUCUCAAAAUGGUCUAAUUUUCAACCUGAAAUUCGCUAACAUCAACUUUAAAGUCAAAUCUCGUACUCGUAGUCGUCCUUGAAUCUAAAGGUCUCUAUUUUUGGUUGUAUUGAAAGCACUUCACAGUAUCUUCACAACAUUUGUUGACAAGUGAUAUUGGUUCUUUUCCUUUUUCCAGUUGUGGGACCCAGUCUCCACGCGCUCUCUGGGAACCUUUGACCAGCCGCGGAACAAUCCGAUCGUUGCCAUGACGGCACUUCCAGCACCCAGCCAAUGCGUGGUGGCUGCCAUGGCAGAAGGAACCGCCAGGUGAAAACUCGAAAUGGAGUGCAGAACAGCUAUAUGUAUUUCGUAUUUUCACAAUCGCUUUACUGUUGAGUCGUGUCUAUCAAGUCUCCUACACAACUGCUUUUUGUGUAAUCACACAACCCUCGGGGAGUGUUGCGUAACGGCACAAAUGACAGCUGCGUAGGGGACUAGUGUGUUACCGUUAGCAAGUCAUAAUCUACGAUGGCUCACCAUUCUCCACUUUACGAACGACAAGGGGACUGGAGCCGAAAUGCGUGCCUCAAUGGUUGCAGGGAUCGUUACUGGGGACACGCCAGUCAGCUAUUGGCCAUUUUUUACCUUGUCCCCAUGAACGAUCGAGCAUUCAUAUCUGCCACUCUAGCACUCUCAAACUUUUAUUGCCAAAACACUCAAGACCUUGUUCUUUACCAAAACCUCCAAAUAAUGAAAUUAAGUAGUUUGUUACAAUUUUCAUAGUUACUAUUUAUUGUAGGUUUAACUUUAGCUAUGUAUUUUUACGUUUUAUAUUCAGUACUUUUUGGUUGCUGGGGACCCUCUGACGUGUGUUGUGACUAUUAAUACUAGAUUUUAGUUAUUGAUGUGCAUUUGCUAAAAUGAGCAGUGCAAAUGUUAAUUUAAAUAAUAAUAAUAAUUAUUAUUAUUAUUCUUAAUAUUUUUCAAGCAGCAAAUCACUUCUCGCAUCGUAUUUUUUUCUGUAGGUUUCUUGAUGUUCGACAGCAAAGUUUUGUCACAGAGUGGAAAGUUACCACAAGUAGUAUCGCAGGUGAGGCAUUUUAUCUUGCAAGUAUUGCACAGUUGUCUAGCAAAUUGACCCAUAAGUGUCUUCCGUUGGCCGGAUGAGUAGUCGGAAGAGUCAAAACAAUAGAUAAAUGGGAGCUUAAGCAACGACGACGGCGACGACAACUUUGCACGUACAUCAUGCUUUUUGUACAUUUCUUUACCGUCACUGCACGACUACGACAUGAAAAUGCCUAUUUUCACGUUUUGUGGAGGACGUGAACACAUGACGACUUUCUUUUUCUUUUCCUGUACUUCGACACAGUCUUUAGAAUUCAACUCCAGACGAAACUGCCAACAUUUGGCGAAUUGAAUGCGAGGGAUGCGCCGGUCAGCUAUUGGCCAAUUUUUCCCAAUCUUCAGGGUCCGUCCCAGAAGUCUUUGCGAAAGCUAAUUCGGCUCAGGUUCCUUGUUCCUGAAAUGGCGAAUUUGCGGUGCUGCCGUUGUUCAAGUCGCCUUUAAAAACUGUGCGCGAACCUGUUGACGCCCAUUUUUAAUUACCAAAUUUUGUUUCGCAUGACGCGGUGCGUUUAUUUUUGACAACAGGAGAACGCUUUCAGAGCCACCUCAAAUAUUGGACAAUUAAAGCUGGCUCUGAACUAGCCUACGUAGCAAGCGUUUCCGCUCCAGUUAAUAGAUUUUUAGAUUGGAGGACGAGAACAACUACGAGUACGAGAUUUGAUUUUAGUUUUUCUCGCGUAGACACCCCGGAAUGCCUCAUUGUACUUUUUUUUUCUUUACUGGAGGAGGUUAAGCCGUCUCCCGAUCGCAAAAUGAUAAAACUUCUAACAUUUGAUAACUUGUUUCCGCCGCUACGACAUUUAUUAAUUAAUUUUCGCUCAUACUUCUAGUAAAAUGACUACAGCUAUCACGUUUUCCCGCCAAAAUGACACUGGUUCACGCGCGAAUACUACUUAGUAUUGAGAAAUCUCGUACUCUUUAUCGUACUCGUCGUAGGAUCUAAAGGUCAAAAAAAUAAAAGAAUGGAAAGGGGUAGGGGAGGAGGAAUUGUGUGGUUUGCAGGCAAUCGUUUCCUUCUUCUCCCCUCCCCCUUCCCUUACCUCCCUUUUUUUUGCUCUCGUUCCAAGUUUUCGCGCAAUAACUCGAUCGGAAACGCUUGCUACGCACGCUAGGUCUGAACAACUGGCCUUCACUGUUCUACCUACAGCAGUGGACUUUGGCCCAGUAAAAGAUUUGUUCCCUUUGGGCCUCUCAGGUACUGUCCGUGAUAUAUGCUGCAGCCCUGACGGACGGUGGAUCGCCCUUGGUUUCUCGUCCGGUCUCACGUCUGUGUUGGAUACAAGAGGGGGACUUCUCCGCAGCCACCGGCGGGCGCACACGUCAGAAAUAUAUCAGGUAUAGCUGAAGUAGACGUGCACUGAAAAGUAGACGUUAUUUAUAAGCACUGGAAACUAGGAGUACUUACUUCUUACGAGGAAAAACCNCUUGCUACGCACGCUAGGUCUGAACAACUGGCCUUCACUGUUCUACCUACAGCAGUGGACUUUGGCCCAGUAAAAGAUUUGUUCCCUUUGGGCCUCUCAGGUACUGUCCGUGAUAUAUGCUGCAGCCCUGACGGACGGUGGAUCGCCCUUGGUUUCUCGUCCGGUCUCACGUCUGUGUUGGAUACAAGAGGGGGACUUCUCCGCAGCCACCGGCGGGCGCACACGUCAGAAAUAUAUCAGGUAUAGCUGAAGUAGACGUGCACUGAAAAGUAGACGUUAUUUAUAAGCACUGGAAACUAGGAGUACUUACUUCUUACGAGGAAAAACCGGAAAUUCCGGUUGGAAAGUCAAAUGUUUCGCGCCAUUUUGUAGGGGAAAAGUCAGAAAGCGCGGGCUUUGGUUUUAGGCGAAACAAUUUUUCUACUCCUUUCAGCUAAUUUGGAUACUCGCUAAAGUAGACGUGCACUGAAAAGUAGAUGUUAUUUAUAAGCGCUGGAAACUAGGGGUACUUACUACUUUCGUGGAAAAACCGGAAAAUCCGGUUGGAAAGUCAAACGUUUCGCGCCAUUUUGUAGAGGAAAAGUCAGAAAACGCGGGCUUUGGUUUUAGGCGAAACAAUUUUUCUACUUUUUUCAGCUAAUUUGGAUACUCUUUGUUGCGGAUCGUUCUCACACCCCAUGAAAUGUUAUAAUUUUAUGUUUAUAUAACGGGGAUCGUUAGUGAUUGGUAAAUUACGAUCCUCGCUUUGUUGGUGGGUUUCCAUCUAAAGCAUUGUUGGCAACCACGGUUUUACAAAUAAUCUUACUCAGUAAAUCGACACGUCGCGCUGAAUGUCUCUUUUACAAUCGUGAAACAAACGAUGAACGAAACCCUUUAUACACAUUAACCAUGAUAAACAGUAUCUUCCUGACAUUUUCAUGUUUCCACGUCACUGCUCAUUUAGCUUCUACUAUCUUUCAGGUCAAAGCUUUCUCAAACUCUUCGUUUGUCACGUCAUCCGUAGAUUCUGGUUUGUCACUGUGGAAAGACGACGGAUUGCGGCUCAAGACUCUAAAAGGUAACAAGACUUGAAGAGUAACGUAGUGUGUAGACAUGAGGUGCAUCCGAGCCCACGAUACAGUCAUGAUACUGGUCAGGGGAUGCCAAUUUUUGACAGCAGUUAAUCGUCUUUGAUAUGGGUGGCGUUUAUCAUUGCAAAGCAAGGAUAGCAAUGCAUUUUAUUUCGUUAUGGCCGCCUGGUAUGUCUGGGUGAGUGUGACAUUUCACACUGGUUUACAUGGUAGGCCGUACGGUCACUUGACAGCCUAGGGUACGAAAGAAUGGACACCAGAUAACCGUGCAUGGUAUACUGCGGACGAAGUUUUUCCGCUGCUAAAGGUGGCUUGGCAUUUUAUUUAGAUCAUGGUGUACGUAUGCCACGACUCUUUGUUUCUUAAACCGAUCUAAAGUAAGUUACAGGACUACAGGCUCCUACACAACCCUGUUCUUUCAAACGGUUACCUUGAUUUCUAUUUUUCAGGCCCCAGCGAUCCUCUUCCCUCCAUACUGGUAUGGCGAGACCAAGUGAUUUCAGCCAACAUGAACGGAAGAAUAGGUGUUUACAACUUACAGGAAGACACGUCAGAGGUGAGAUAAAGGUUGCGUUCACACUUUGUGCCCGAGCACUUUGUUUUGGGGGCACCCGCACAGGAUGGUGCUAUGUUUGCUAUCUGGAUGCUCGGGCGAUAUUUUGUUACUUCAGUGCACAUUUCUACCAUUUCGCGUCGUUGAGUAUCAGCGCCAAAAAUCGUUCAAAACAGUGAGGAUUUGAAAGUACUAUCCAAUGCAGCAAAUUGAAAAAAAGCAAGUAUAUUUUUUGAGAACUCAAGGAUAGAACAAAAAUUAGAAUUCCCAUCAUUGUUAUUCCUAUAUAUUCAUUUCGCGUAUUAAGGAAGUUGUCUUUCUGUCAGUAUUUUAUUGUUGUGUUUGCGCUUGUCUUUUUCGCCGUUUCAUCUUCAAUCCCCCUCGCUGUCUUUUGUCACCAUUUCGUCUCUCUCGCUGUUUUUAACGCCAUGUUUUUUGUCGGAAUUUACCCCAAAAGGGUCACAGUUUAGCGUAGGUCAUUUCGUAUCGUUAUUGAUACAUCGAAGCCUGUGCUGUUUUAUGCUUAUCAAUAGCGCACACGGUGAAGGCUUGGCAUGAAUCCCUCCAUACCUGUUUUUUAUUGUUGUCCUUUUUUUCGUACAGCUCCCUUACUUCAGCUACAAGUUCAGCAGUGAUGUAUUCCGCGGGAGUAUCACGUGUCUUGGUUAUCUACCACUCAACCGACUGUUAUUGAUAGGCAGCGACACAGGGAAUAUUGUUCUCUGUUCCUAA